AUGAACGCAGCUUGCCAGAAAGCCCUCGAAUCAUUACCCCUGGACGUUAGAACCCUUGAGCUCUUAUCGACGAUAGCAACAAGCUCCAAACCUCCGGCCUUACUGGAACUGCUCCGUCAUUAUGAGCUAAAGAAAGAUUCCAAGACUCUGGAAACCAUCAUUCAUAAAACGUAUUUUCAGUGGUCCAGUGGGCUGCCGCAACACCUUCGUGCUUUUCGAACUCACUACCAGGACUUGAGAGGUCACUGGCCAUACGAGCACCACAGAGCCAUUUUGUCCAUGGAUUCACCGAAAUCACAGUCCAUGCGAUUUUUAUGGAGUGGUAACAAUCCGAAAGUUUUAGCUACAAUGCAAUACCAGAGACACCGUUGGGCUGCAGAGCAAACACCAGAGUCUCUGACAGAAUUGCAACGUACCGUUCUUUUCCAUGAGAUAUUUCAGCACUUUAUGUUUUUGAAAAGAAACCCGCAUCUCUGCAAAAACCGAAAAACACUUGCUAUCCCGAUAGUUGAAAUCUCCUUGAGACCUCUGGGCCAAAACAUUUCCGACUUGAGAAUUAGAAACUUGUUCAAGAAGAAAAUAGCCUAUGUGUGGGAUGUCUUGGCGCAAGAGAAUCCUGCACUGUGCCCUUUGAGUGAAAAGUUGCUUGUUGAUAUUGUCGAAUCACCGCAGCCUGCAAACAAUAGUAUGAGCCCUAGAGCGCUCCAGAGAAUGUACAGACGUGCGUGCAAAGGAGCAUACGUGUUACAACAACAUUCAAAUCUUGGCCUAGAUAUUGCAGAAAGCGAUCUUAUCAAGAUGCUGUAA